GGGGCGGGGCCUGCCGGGAGAGGGGCGGAGAGACGCCGCCGCCGCUGCCGCCGCCGCCGCCGCCGCCGCGGCUGCCGCAGCCUCUGGGAGCCUGGAAAAGGGGAAGCGAGAGCGGACGAGCGACUCAGUCCCCGGGCGGCGGCUGCAGCGGCGGCGGCGGCGGCCGGGGCGGCGCGACGGCCGGGCCGGGGGCGCUUCUGCUGCUGCAGCGGCAGUGGCGGCGGGCGGAGGCAGGGGCGGCGGCGGCGGCCCGCACCAGCCAUGCCGAAUAAAAACAAGAAGGAGAAAGAACCACCAAAACCGGUGAAAAGUGGAAAAGGUCCAAAAGAAGGACAAGAUACAGCAGAAACAGAGAUAGCCAGCAGGAAAAAUAGCCUCACGGUUGUCCAGUCUUCGACAUCUACUAAAAUAAAAGUACCAAUCCCUCAACCCGUCGUCGUCCCUGUGAAGAAAGACAAACGGCAGAAUUCUUCACGGUUUAAUGCCAGCAAUAAUAGAGAGCUACAAAAACUCCCAUCUUUAAAAGAUGUUCCUCCUGCGGAUCAAGAGAAGCUUUUUAUCCAGAAGCUACGCCAGUGUUGUGUCCUCUUUGACUUUGUCUCUGACCCACUGAGUGACCUGAAGUGGAAGGAAGUAAAGCGCGCUGCGCUGAGCGAGAUGGUGGAGUAUAUCACCCACAACCGGAACGUGAUCACGGAGCCCAUUUACCCCGAGGCCGUCCACAUGUUUGCAGUUAACAUGUUCCGAACCUUGCCACCUUCCUCCAAUCCCACGGGAGCAGAAUUCGACCCAGAAGAGGAUGAACCAACGUUAGAAGCAGCCUGGCCUCAUCUGCAGCUUGUUUAUGAAUUUUUCUUAAGAUUUUUAGAGUCUCCAGAUUUCCAACCCAAUAUAGCAAAGAAAUAUAUUGAUCAGAAGUUUGUAUUGCAGCUUCUAGAGCUGUUUGACAGCGAGGAUCCUCGGGAGAGAGAUUUUCUAAAAACCACCCUGCACAGAAUCUAUGGGAAGUUCUUAGGCCUGCGUGCUUACAUCAGGAAACAGAUCAAUAAUAUAUUUUAUAGGUUUAUCUAUGAGACAGAGCAUCACAAUGGCAUAGCGGAGUUACUGGAGAUCCUGGGAAGUAUAAUUAAUGGAUUUGCCUUACCACUGAAGGAGGAACACAAGAUUUUCCUGCUGAAGGUGUUGCUGCCCUUGCACAAAGUGAAGUCCCUGAGUGUCUACCAUCCCCAGCUGGCGUACUGUGUCGUGCAGUUUUUAGAGAAGGACAGCACCCUCACUGAACCAGUGGUAAUGGCACUUCUCAAAUACUGGCCAAAGACUCACAGUCCAAAAGAAGUAAUGUUCUUAAAUGAAUUAGAAGAAAUUUUAGAUGUAAUUGAACCAUCAGAGUUUGUGAAGAUCAUGGAGCCUCUUUUCCGACAGUUAGCCAAAUGUGUUUCCAGCCCUCACUUCCAGGUGGCCGAGCGGGCGCUCUAUUACUGGAACAACGAGUACAUCAUGAGUUUAAUCAGUGACAACGCAGCGAAGAUUCUGCCCAUCAUGUUUCCGUCCUUAUACCGCAACUCAAAGACCCACUGGAACAAGACAAUACACGGCUUGAUAUACAACGCCCUGAAACUCUUCAUGGAGAUGAACCAAAAACUCUUCGAUGACUGCACUCAGCAGUUCAAAGCAGAGAAACUCAAAGAGAAGCUAAAAAUGAAAGAGCGAGAAGAAGCAUGGGUUAAAAUAGAAAAUCUAGCCAAAGCGAAUCCCCAGUAUGCAGUGUAUAGUCAAGCCAGCGCCGUGAGCAUUCCGGUCGCAAUGGAGACAGAUGGGCCUCAGUUUGAAGAUGUGCAGAUGCUGAAAAAGACAGUGAGCGACGAGGCUCGUCAGGUAAAAGUUGGUCGGGAGAAAAGCCAUGACAGCCACGCAAGUCAGGAAGGUGUAGAGACGGACUGGGCAGCUCAGGCACAGAAGGAGCUGAAGAAGGAUCGUCCCCUCGUGCGCCGCAAGUCCGAGCUGCCUCAGGACCCCCACACCGAGAAAGCCUUGGAAGCUCACUGCAGAGCCAGUGAGCUGCUCUCCCAGGACGGGCGCUAGCGUCUGGAGCAGCACGCCGAGCUGGGCCUGUCGGUUCUCUUCUGGAUGCUGUAGAAAAGACAUACUGUGUGUGCCAUACCAGUCAGUUACACUCAAUGUCAAAGCUUCCUCUGACCCCGUUCUGUAGGCAAUAAUGCACGUCCGCCUCAGCUCGAGAUUAGGAGUUCAAACAAUGGUGGCUUCUCUGGCCCUGCUGGCCAAGCAGGGGGCUGGGGGAGUCGGUGACAGUGUCAUCACCAUGUUGUCACCACCCCAGCACAGCCCUGAGUGAGAUCCAAAGUCAGAGCUGUAGGAAAGCACCCUGACUGUCACCUUCUCGUACCCAGUAGACCCUGUGGUCCUCUGAAAUAGGGAUUCUGUGGUAGGUAACACCGAUGCUGUGGCAAAUCAAACGCACAUGGUAAAAGGUGUCUCCUCCCUUUACAACCCUGACGCUGUCCCCACGCUUGCUGUGCCAGCCGCCCGUGGUGGUUGGUUAGGUCUCUCAGAGAUGGCUCCUCGCUUUCCCGUUCUAGCUGCCUGCCGGGAAAGAGGCCAACUUUUGCGCUGGGGCCGUCCACAGUGUUUCUUUCCUUUGGUUAAUGGCACGGUCACCAUGUCCUGCUUACCUUAAUGUCUACCGAAAGCCAUAUUUCAUAGUCUGUGGUAGAGGCCAGGGUUCCACCUCAGCGCAAGGGAGGGUUCUGAGAAGUGCUUCCUCAGCCCACCUUGAGGAGAACCGCCACGUUGGAAUGACGUGUUCAUGUUAGUUGCAGAAUCAGUUUUUCACCUACUUACACAUGAUCCUUCAACAAGGCUCUCGAGUGGAUAAAGAUCACAGGAUCUAAGAAUUCCACAUUGGUAGAAAGUGACAGUAAACUCAGCCCCUUGGCCUAGUGCAGCCUGCAGCUGCCUGUGGCCUGACUGCGGGCCGCACUGUGUGGGCGCCCUCAGUGAGCCUUUCUUUCUGUUGGAAAAAGCACAUGUCACCAAGCUCGCGAGGAAAGGCGCGGUGCCCGCGUUCGCACCAGUCUCCACAUGCUGCUCCGGCCUUCACAGAAUUCUUGCAUGGAUUAAGCUUCUGUUUUAGAUGGGAUAGCACGAGGAGAUACAUCCUUAAACUUAGUGCUUUGUCUUCUUGUCCUCUCAGGGUGGCCAGUAUUUUGACUUAUUUAUCCUGCUCAAAAGCUGCUUGAAAUGUGUGCUGCUCUCUGAACAGUGGCGAGUCUUCUCUUGUCUCCAGCAUAUAUAUAACUCAGUGUUACAUGUCUUGAUGCAUAAGAUAGGUUAAAAAAAAAGAAGAAGAAGAAAAAUGGGGCUUCUUUUAAAACCUGAUUUUAAUCGUGGUCUCAGGGAUCCGUGAAAAAGUUGUGAAAUCAGACAUUGCUCUCUCGCGGCCUUGGAGGCGGGUCCCACGGGGAAGAAGGGCAUGUGCAGGGAGGGAGAGCCAGCACGGCUAGUCAAAAAGGCGGCCCCAGCUGAGGGUGAACAGGUUGGCCACUUGGGUGAGAACACUUCCUGAGAAACUUGACAAGUACCUAUCCACUUUACCAUUAUGAAAUCUAUAAUUAAAAAAAAAAAGUUGAGAUGCCUUCUCCUUUUGAGGGAAAAAGGGUGCUUUUAUUGUAUAAAGCAGUGUCUCUGUGUUUUGAUAGCCCACUGUUUGAACUCUCGUCUUUAGCUGGUAGAGUCUCAGAUAUCCCUGACGUGUGGGGCAUUCCGAGUGUGGUGAGAGGUCCCAAGAGGCUCCUUUGCCCUGCGUGAAGAGCAUGCUAUCAGUGUACGGGUGAUUGUGCAAAGCUCAGCGCGGGGGAGCAUCUUCUGCUCUAGGUUUUAUUUCUGCUCUUUAUUGAAGACAAACAUUCGCCAAUAAAGAAAAGGGAAAAAAAUGUUUUGAGAGAAACUAAUUUUCUUUGGCAAAAGUAUUACUUAAAUUUUUGGCCUAUUAAGGUUCCCCUAGUUAGUACUCGGAUUCCCCAUGCUAAUUGUUCAGCUUGUAUGUUGUUAAGACACUGUUGAUUCUGUACCAGACUGGUUUCAAAACAAAAAAAGUACCACGUUGAAAAUAAACUGGUGACUGUUUUUCUUCAUAUGGCUCUAGUUUGGCACCUUCACUCUUUCCAAAACGUGUCUGUGCGCCAGAGAUGUCACAGUUCAAGUGUCUUUCUAGUGUGGCUUUGUAUGGCUUCCUUUGAACAUUGUACAUACAUUGUAUCUUUGUUUUAUGGUAAUAAGUAAUAAAAAAUGUAGACUUCGUAUUUUGUACAAAAUGUCCUAUGUACAGAAUAAAAAAAAGUUCAUAGAAACAGCAAAAAUAGGUUAAGUGGCACAGUUAUUUUUCUUUAGAAAAUAUCUGUAACUUUAUGCUUUAGUGAAACGUUAAGUACCAACAUAUUUUUUAACAUUUUGUAAUUCAAAACUUUUUUGUUUUGACAUUGUUUAUGAAGAAAGACUUCAUGCACUUGCCAUUUAAUAUGCUCUUUUAUCUAAUUUUAAAGAACUCUUUAAAAUGGUGUAUUAUAUGGACUAAAUAAAGAACAUGUGAAUUUUA